AAAUAUUAUAAAAUAAAUAAUAUAUUAUAGAAUUUGGCUCGAUAAUGUUUCUCAUUUUUUUGUUUUAUUGAUUUAUAACGAGCCGAAAAAAUUAAAUAGGUAAGCAAAUAUGCUAGUAGAACAAGGCCAUUUGAAAUAAGAAAUUUCUCAUUAUGACAGCUCGUCAGUCUUGAAAUUCUAUCGUUCCGUGUAUUUGACAUUGACAUAAGAUUCCUAACCUCAAUAUAUAACCUAAAAAUAUUUCACUACCUAUUAGUUUCCAAACAACAUAAAAAGAUUAAACAAACAUGAACACCCUAUCAUUUCGUGGCGCCAUUCAAACCGCCUUUUCAAAAACUCUACAAACCUACAUAAUGAGAUCCAGUAUCGAAUCGAAUUUCAUACAAACCAGAGAAUACGCGGCCAGAAAGGGAACGAGAGAACGCCGAAAGAAAAACAAAGUCAAAGUAGAAAUCCAAAAACUCGGUUUCUUAGAACGCAUGAAGCAACACAAAGAACAAAAACUUUUAGCCGAACACAAAACCCUUAAGUUUGAUGACUCUAUGAAAAGGGACCCCGUCGAUGAUGUAUUCGUAAUGAAAUACUACAAAUGGAUAGUUUAUCCGUUCCAAGAAGCUCUAAAAUGCCACAGGGAGACCCAUUCACCGGAGAUGUACAACAAGCCGGACUCCAUGUUACGUGUGAACAUCGAAUUGAACAUGAUCGGAGAGAAAAAGACGAGGUUGCUGGAUAACUUCUCCAGCAUCGUCCACAUCCCGCACAAGUUCGAGCACAAGGAAGAGCGCUCCAUCGUGGCCUUCAGCAAAUCGCCGGAGAACCAAGCGAUCGCCGCCGAAGCGGGCGCCCAGCUCUCGGGCGGCCUCGAUCUGAUCAAGCAAAUCCAAACCGGCGAAAUAUCUUUGGCCGAUUACAAGUUCAUCGUGGCCCAUCCGGAGAUCCUGCCCGAGCUCGUCGCCCUUCGGGGCGUCAUGAAGAAGCGAUUCCCCAACCCGAAGACGGGCACGUUGUCUGUUGACCUGGCGAGCGCCGUGUACAAGUUCCUGCACGGUAUAAGUUAUACAGCCAAGAAGAAUGAUUACGAGAAGGAAUUCGGGUUGAUCGAAACCGCCGUAGGGCCGUUGAGUAUGGAUUCGAGGCAUUUGGAAGAGAAUUUCGCUGCUUUGGUUCGAGAUGUGUACACGAUGAAACCGAAACGACCGGGAACUUUUAUAUCUAGGUGUAUUUUGUGGAGCGAACCAUCUCCGGAACUGUUGAAAGUGGAUCACGAGGUGUAUUUGAAGCAAGAUGAAAGUAUUGAUGAUGAUGAGGAAAUUGAUGAUAAAGGCGAGACUGUAGCUUUGUAAUGAUCGUUUUGUAAUUAAUAAACGUAGAUUAUAAUGUUUAAUUAAAUUAAUGCAAUGAAAUUAUCAACAUUUACUUGUAAAAGUAAAGGAGUCCGGCCCUGUAUAAAUUUCCGGCCUAAUAUUAUUAUCAGAUAAUUGAUUUAUUUUACACGUUUUUUUGGUUUUUGGAAUUCUAACCACAACAAAAUCGUUUUAUCGCCCGACUUAUCAACAAAUUCUAAACAUAUGUA